AUGUUCCACUCAGAACCGGUCUACGCCACAGACCAUGCUGCCCCAGUCCUCCAAACCCACAGCUGGCGCACCGUCACCAACUCCACGCCAUACUUAAUCCCGCACCUCCGCUCCGACAUGACCAUCCUCGACAUUGGAUGCGGACCCGGGUCAAUCAGCGUCGACCUCGCCCGCCGGGUUCCCAACGGCCACGUGACAGGGAUCGAGUACGUCCCCGAUCCUCUAGACGAGGCGCGAUCGCUCGCCUCUCGCGAAGGAGUCACGAACAUCGAUUUCCGCGUCGGGGACAUCCAUUCACUUGCCUUCCCCGACAACAGUUUCGACUUAGUCCACGUGCACCAGGUCCUACAACACAUCGCAGACCCGGUUCAAGCCCUGCGGGAAAUGCGCCGCGUCGCCAAAUCCAACGGCGGCAUCGUCGCCGCGCGCGAGUCCGCCACUUUCAGCUGGUAUCCUGAAAAUCAAGGGAUCCAAACAUGGCACGCAGUGACUGAGCGAAUGGCCAAGGGGAAGGGAGGGCACCCAAACCCGGGGUCGUACAUUCACACGUGGGCCCAGGAGGCUGGGUUCCCGGUGGACAAGAUCCAGAAGUCGACGGGGACGUGGUGCUUUAGCACGCCGGAGGAGCGCGAGUACUGGGGCGGUACGAUGGCAGAGCGGACGCAGUCGUCGGGGUUUACGACUAUGGUGCUUGGGGGCGGGUGGGCGACUGCGCAGGAAUUGGAGAGCAUGGCGCGUGGGUGGAGGGAGUGGGUGGUGGAUGAACAGGGGUGGUUUGGGGUACUUCAUGGGGAGAUUGUCUGUUUUAAGUGA